GUGUCAGAAAUUGUUUGUCACGAUUUAUAUAACCAGAUAAGACCAGAAUCGGAAAACAUAAAAAAAAUAUCAUAUGGGUUUACGACACUCGGGAUGGGACAAAUUUGUUAGAUCACACAUAAAGUCGCUAUCGGUGAUGUGGGGUUGAUUUCUGAUUGUGUAGGAAGUUAUAUAACUUUUCGGACACAGAAUGAACUUAUUUCGGUUUGUAAUUCGCUAAUCCGGGUGUAUUUUAAAGUUUCAGUACACAGUACAUGAUUUUGACUCAACGCUGAGAAAACGGUGAUAACUGAUAAUAAACGGUCUUGUACAGUUUAACAGGUCGGAUUUAACGAUAUUGUUUACCAGUGUUUAGGUGUGUUAAAAUUCAGGCAUGCGAGGAAUGCGAUUUUGUAUCAGUUCUGGAUUACCGAGUGAAUACAUUAAUAAACGUUCAUAGUAUACGUAUAGAUUUUUUACAGAUAGUAAUUUAUGUAUAUAACAAUAACAAUCAAUGUUAUACAGAGGAAUCGUAUUAGAUAAGAACGGUGUUUGUUGUGGAAGAUAUUCAGGAUCGUUUAUGUUGAUUGAAGUGAUAAAGAUCAGGAACCGAUAAUACAAAAUCAGUCUCUGCAUAAAAUAUUAGUGGUGUCAACAGGCCAUAAGAACUCCAACCCAUUCAACGAACUAAAUACUUACCGGGAAGCAUACAGGACUCUUACGGACCUGUAUUCCGUAAAUCCAAACGUACCAAAACAAAAAACAAAAAGAAACAUGUUGGCUUUUUCAAAGGAGCGGAAGUUUGUGAUAUGGUUGUGCGGACUGGCGGCCUGUGUGCUCGCCUUCAUAUUCGAGGUGGCGGGUUGCGCCACGGUGGCGUGGAAGGUGGUCCGGAAGCAAUGGCUCUACGGGGCGUACAAGUUCGUGGAGUACGACAUCGUCAUACAGACCGGCCUCUGGCACGGCACCUACUGCGUCAACACUAAGUGCCAUAGGUGGGAGUUUGGGGAACCGGAGUAUGAGUUUCCACCGCAUAAGAGCUCGAGCCAGGGUCUCGUGGUGGCGGCAAUCGUGUUCUCCUUUCUCGCCAUCGUUGCUAUGGGCGUAACCAAGGUCACCAGCCUGUACACAUACAUCAACAUCGGGGCGAGAAUAGGGGCUAUUGUCGGCUGUGUUCUUUCCUUUAUCCUGGCGCUAAUUGCCUGCGUCAACCGUGGAAACGACAAGUUUGUCCUGCGGGACUCCCUUGACAUCAAGUUGGAGGACUCUCCCAACCGCGAACUUCAAACCUCCAUUUUACUGCCCUACUCCAUACUUCUCUGUGCGCUCGGUGCAGCCCUGGCACUCCUUGCGGCCAUUAUAAUGACGUCAGACCUACUGUGCAGGGGCCUGGACGACGCGUCGCAGUUCGACAGCGUCUCCGAGAGCGGCAGCACGAUGAACUACUCCUACACGAGUUAUCCGAGUGACGAUGGUAGACCAGGCGGAGGAAAGGGCACUGGUCAGACUAAACGGAAACCUCCACAAGGAUCAAGGGAAGAUCUUUAUGAAGCCCCACAAGAGCCCUAUGAGAAAGUAUUUUCGGUGAGCGAUUCGCACUUAUACAGGUCUUCGACGCCCGAAAUGUAUGUCAGUAGCAGAACAGUGGAUUCGGCCAAGGUACUGCAAAUGUACGCCAUGGAAAAUGCGUUGAAAGACAGUGGGCUCGCUUUGUCGCAUAGGUCUUCUAGAAGCCUUCUUGAUAGCGAACACGGUGACGGUGCUCACGAGAUACAAAAUGCUAAAAAGCCUCAAGAAACAAAUUUGAGCGGGGAAGCAUCUUCCGAUGGCGGAACGCAUCCAAAACGCUCUACACACUAUGCAAAACGAAAUGAUGGCCUCAAAGUCAGUCGCUCCAAUGUUGCAGCAGCGAAAGAUAUAAAUGAACUAGAUAAAAGCCUGACCUCUUUACACGAUUCUAUGAUGUCUGACUUAGACAAGGCGACCAAUGUUAGCGACAGGAGCUUGGAUGUUAGAGCAACGAAAGAUACAAAUGAACUAAAUCAAAGUUUGAGAUCCUUGCAGGAGUCUAUUAUUUCUGACCAGGCGUCUAAGGUUAGCGAUAGAAGCAUGGAUGCAGACAUUGACUUUGAAAGCGUUGACUACAGCGACAUGGAGAGAUUUCCGCCGCCCCCGCCGUCAUUCAGGCCAAUAGUCCUUCCUUCAGCUAAGGGUCACGUUCACGAGAAGAUUGAGAAGACGCAGAAACAUUUGGUUAUUCAGCUGGUCAGCGAGUGUCCUUUAGGUCGACAAAGUGAAGACUUAGAACGCGAAUCUCAUAACGAACCCGAUUUCCCUGCACGUAGAACCGACGUGUUGUCGAUUGAACUCGACCACACAGUAGAAAUAAACCGUGAAACUAGUGAUGGUCUGGACCAAGUUAAAGACGCUGUCGCUAAGAACGCAGAAAGACACGUUAACAACGAUACAAGUGAUGUAGAGACUGAUAAUAGAGUAUCUGAUACACCUGAAUUUCAUGAUGAUGAUGAUGAUGAUGAUGAUGAUGAUGAUGAUGAUGAUUCGGACUCUGAUAAUGAUUCUGAUCAUUAUGACGCAGAUGGUGUGACUAACAAAGCGUUUGAUUACCACGAGUCAACAUUCUAAUAGCAACAAAAUGAUAACAAUGCCUUUACAUGUUUUCUCUACGCAAUAUCCAGCUGGUCGUUAACUCAAGUGGGCGUUUCGUUGAUAGAAAGUCCUCAUGCCUGGUGUAUACCCAAUGCCUUUUAUAAAACGAUAACAAAUACCAAUAGUAAAUAUAUGGUUUGCGAUAUAAGAACACAACAUUGUUUUAAUCAUUUACAUUUAUAAAGUUUUAAUCAUCUAUAUUUAUGCGAAUUAUUUUUUAAUGUAAUAUUUUUGUACAUAUUUGUUUACAUUUAUUAUAUUAACACAUUUUAUACAAAUGUUUUAGCAUUACGUUUUGAAUAAAACUUUUAUAUACACGAAACAAAUAAACUUAGUAUAUCU